AUGAUGGAGAAGGAAGAGCCAGUUGUAAAUCCAAUUCCGGAAAUGAUUGAAGAAAAACAAGAAGAAAAAUUACCAUUUGAAUCGGAAGUAUGGACAUUGAGAGAUUUUGUCAAAAAAAUGAAUGGAAACCUAAAGUUCAUCCUGAGUUAUAUGCUUCUCAAGACUAAAACACCAAUUGAUCCAUCAGUGGUUAUUUCUCCAAAAAUGACAAAAAUCAUAUAUAACCUGAUCGCAGGGAAAAGAGAAUAUUAUGUAACACAGGAAGAAGAGGAUGAAGAACUGGCCAAACUACAGAGUACUGGGAAAUCGCCAAUAGUAGAAAGGAAUCCAGUUGUAGCUAUUUUAGGAGGGGUUUCAACAGGAAAAACAUCACUAUUUAGUUCACUAUGUGAAGUGGAACCGGAUCCAACAACCAACUACAAUUUCGGCACCGUGGAAGAUAAAUACCCAGUGACACUGUUUGAUACUCCCGGAAAUGAAUUGUUGUCUCCAAUAAGAGAUAAUAUAUUAAAAGCAUCAGAUAUCGCACUUAUUUUAAUAUCCUCUGAAACUGGAGUGACAAAUGAUACAGAGGAAUCGAUAAAACUAUGUAGAAAAUAUAACAAACCUUUUAUAUUCGUACUCACAAAGUACGAUAUUUCAACUCAGUUCACAAUUGAAGAUGUCAUCGCAAAACUGGCAGACAUGGGAUGCCAAGUGGAACAGCUGGGAGGAAACUAUGAAAUGAUCAUAUACUCAACAUUAAAAGAUACUAAAUCAAACAAAAAUAACCUCAUGGAAUCCAUUUUGAUACAUUCACUUGAAUCUUCUGAAAUGAAAACAGAAAGCCCAGAAUCAGUUAAAGGAACGGGAUAUGUACUGGAUUCAGGGAAGACCAAAAAUCUUGGAUUCUAUUCACUCCUCCUGCUUAAAAAGGGAGAAUUGAGGAAAGGAGAUUAUGUGUCUUCAAACCUAAACAAGACAAGGGUAAAAUCAAUAAAAAGUAAGAAUGGAGGAAACGUGGAGACUGUAAAGGAGUCUCAAAUAGCAUACGUUUAUGGUUUCUCUAAGGAUACCAUCUCUAACCCGGGAAGCGUAUUCGAUGUGUUUGCAACUGAACAAGAAGCUAACAAAGUCGCAGAGAUUACUAAGAUCGAUUCAUCAAAGACGAAAAUUAAUGAUCUAAUUGACGACAAACUUAAUACUUCACUGGAUCAAAUAGAUAAAGUAAGACCAAAAACAAAUAAAAAUUUUCAGAAUGAGGAUUCGGAUCGAUACAAGUAUAUCCCGACAAUCAUUAGAUGCGACGUCAAGGCAAUAGUUGAACCAAUAAAAAUGGCAAUUGAAAAGUUAAGGUCCACUGGAAUUAGUAAAAUAUGUAAAUACAAGGUUUUGGAUGCAGAUAUCGAUAACCUAACACAGGAUGAUGUCGACCUGUUUGACAAGCCAGGAAUAGUUGUGGCAUACAAUUCUACAAUUUCAAGUACAAUGCAGAAUAAACUAAAGAAACAAGAAAUUAAACUGAUAAGUGGAGAAAAAAUAGAAGAUAUAGUCAAAACUGCCGAAGAAGAAUUGGUACAAUUCCUUGGAGAGAAGAAGCUUGGAAGAGUCAUGGGAAUGGCGCAAAUCCUCAAAGUGUUUGAGGCCUCGAAAAAGAGGAAUGCGGCAGGCUGUGUAGUAACUUACGGAAGAAUGACUCCAUUCUAUGAAGCCAGAGUCUUGAGAGGAGACAAUGUGUUAUAUUAUGGGAAAAUAUCAUCUUUGAGAAGAACGACUGAGGAAGCCCGUGAAAUUCAGGAGGGGGAAUCGUGUGGCAUCACGUUCGAAGAUUUUAAUGAUUUUAAAGUUGGAGAUAUAAUUGAAGCCUACUCAGAUUAA